AUUUUUGCAGCCACUUAGUGUGGGAGUGACUCAUGGAUUCAAAAGCACCAUGUUGGCUCAAGCUUUUGUUUUUGCAGGUACAGGUCCAGAGAGGACUUGUUAUCUACAUAUGCUUCUUUAGAGGAGCUAAUGAGGAACUCAUUCCAAAAAUGGUUAAUACCGUGUUGAAUGUUAAAUUAAGUGAAACUGAAAGUGGCAAGUAUGUUUCUGUUCUGGAUUUACCAGGCAGUGUUCUAAUAAUACCCCAAGCCACGCUGGGUGGCAGAUUGAAGGGAAGAAACAUGCAGUACCAUAACAACACAGAAAAAGAAAAAGGGAUGGAGCUUUACUCCCAAUUUGUGACUCAGUGUGAAAAAGAACUGGCUGCUAAUACCAAGUGUGCUGAAGCAGGGGUUGUUGUCAAGUAUGGCACGUAUGGAAACAGGCAGGUGUUAAAACUAGAUACAAAUGGACCUUUCACUCAUAUGCUUGAAUUUUGAAAAAUAAGCUUUCCAUGUAUAAUUGUUUCCAAGUGAAUGUAGUAUUUUCCAUUUUUGUAAGUAAAGUGCCCUAGAAUAAUUUGAAAGUGAAGAAAUAGAUGAUUUCAAUAAACUUCCAUUGGUUUUAAGUCCACAAAUGCAUUGAUAAUUGGAAAUCAGUCUCUACAUCCCCAGUUGUCUUAUUGUAAUUUUUAUCCGAAAUAUUUUGUAAAUGAAAUGUAUUUCACGUAUACAUCUUGGGUAAGUGCAUUAUUCACUUAGCUGCAUGACACAAUGCUAUGUUACUUGCAUAAUACUGGUUAGCUGAAUACCUGUUAAGUCAUACAAAACUUAUGUGCAUAAAAUAUUUCACUUUCAUUGUCUAUUUUGUAACUAACUGUAUUCCCAUUAACUGUACCAGAAACAAUGAGGAAGCAGCUUUCAACAUGCUGCUAUUAGAAGCCUUGAAAAUGACAGAACUUAAUCAGUUUCCCCAUCUGUUAUCUCCCUUUGCUUUCAAAGUUUUCUAAUAGCAACCUGAAACUGAAUAUUAAAAGGCUUAAAAAUGAGGGGAACAAGUUAGUUUUAGGACUGCUAACAUUUACAGUCUGAUAAACAUUAAGUGGUGGAAGUACCCUUUAGCAGGGGCUGGGGGCCUGCUACAGACCUGCGGGCCAAGCUUUGCCAGCAAGAGACUUACCUGGGUGGGUCUGGAAGGGCUGCAUGCCCCUGGUGCUCUGGGAAAAAGUGUCUGGGGAGAACCCAGGAGGUGAGUAGGCCUCCAGGGGCAUUGAACCAUGUGCCCCAGGAAGCCUGCUUUGACUGGCCAGAAGAAGAGAGCAGGAAAUGUAAAGGGAUGUCGAGAAGACCUUCAGUAUUUGGCAUUCUCCAGGAAUGGGUAAAUGCAGUGGAGCCGGGAGCUGCGUGCACUGGGGCAGGAGAGGACUCACAUCACUGAACUCUCCCAGGUUGCCAAGACCCAGGCCACUCCUGGAAUACAAGUUGACCAGAAGGACCAUGGUUCUGAUCCUGAAUUAUAAGUCCUAAAUUCCUAUUUACCAUAUUUCUGUCUACCAUAUUCUGUGGUGCGAUCCUGAAUCAUGGUUUGAUAUUUGAAAAGAAUUGUUCUUCUUUUAGUUUCUUACAAGAUGUAAUUUAAUGUGAAGUAAUUAUCUCCAGGCUCAAACUACAUUACAAGAAUCCAGUUUUGUGAAUGGAUAUAUGGCUCUGCAUUGUAAAUACAGAAGAGUGCGAGAAUAUUUCAAAUGUAUCAAAUCAUACAAUUAUGGUAAUUAUAAAUUCUUAAAGAAAAUUGUUUCCUUAUAAUUGCUAUGUUUACAGUAAAACAAAGACAUCCACACACAUCAUUUGGAAACAUUUGCUAUUUCAGAGCCAAAUUGCACAGUUAUUCAUUAAUAAUUCAUUCUGUUUACAACAUGUGCUAGUUUUUAAGUUUUUCAUAGAGAAGCCUAUGUAAAAAACAUUUUCUUGUGUGAACAAUUUGUAGAAAUUCAUCAAAAUUCUGUAUAUUUGGGAGAAAAACACCCUUUUUCAUACAAUUUUCUAUUUUAGGCCAAAUCAUAAAAACUUGUUUCGAGUUGCUACAGCUCUGUCUGACUUCAAGAAGACAGGCUAGUAUUUGCUAUUCAGUACAUCUUUGGAAUUAGUCCUUGGAGGUGUUUCUUAAUAGGAAGUCUGUGGGCUUUAUGCCUUUCCAUUAGAAGCAUACCAGUUUUUUUACUAUUUUUCAAAUAUAUCUAUCUUCUGAGAGAGAGUUAGGAUUGAAAUCAUUAACAAGGCAUAAAAGACCUCAAGCCAAAUUCUACACUGACUUAUUACUGUGAAACUCUGCUCUUGUAGGGAUCCAUAAUGCUGGAUUGGAGUUUAUUGCCUCAUGUUUACAAAAACUUGCAUCUUUAUGGGUUUAACUAUUGCUGCCAAUUUUUUAAUGAUUUUUGCUUAUUUCUCCCAAGGUACUAUUUCCUGUGGGUAGAAAGGAAUUCUUGCAGUCUUCUAACAGUUUCAGAGAUCAAUAGCUUCUGAAUGAUGAGCCAUUUCUGCUGCUUUAUUUACAUUAUCUAUUGAGUCAUGAUCCAUUUAUUGAAAUAAACAAUUCAUAAAUUGCCAA